CCGUCAUCACCAAAUCCCCGCUGCUAACCAUCCCCUUGACGCUAAUUUCUCAAGUGUUUCCUCAAAGCAUCCAUCCAAAUCUAUGAUCUUUGGAUUUGAUUACCAUUUCAGAUCAUGAUUAUGAUACCUUAUGCAGAUAAGCUUCGUAAUUGUACCAAAUCCUAAAGCUCUUGUCUUUACUCUGAGAGAGAGAGAUGGAGAGGCAAAGGAGUUUCUCGUUGAAAUCUGCGAGAGUUUUUGCAUUCAUCAUCACAAUCUCGUCCGCCAUUGUUUUUCUGGCCUUCUUCUCCAUCUGCUUCAUCAAAUCUAGCCCUUUGCUUUAUACGAGAACCACCAACAUUCAGUUCAAUGACACGUCUCUCCAUUUGAGUCCUUUGCCAACUCCUGUCGGACAUAACCUAUCUAGAUCCACAUCCGAUUCCUCGGCUUCCUCUCCACAAGUCCCGAUUUUAAUCUCGACCCGUUUCAAUAUAUCCAAAAAUACUUCCGGGUUCGCUAGAUUUCCGGAUUUCGAGCAGAAGGCACGGGAGGAGACUGUGGUUCAGGACGAUGUGGUGAAUGGCAAUUUAACUUCUGCCGUUCAGGAGGUGACUGUGAUUGAGCUGCCGAACAACGUUAGAGAGAAGAAAGAGAAGAUAAUUGAAGAGUGCGAUGUUACGAAAGGGAGGUGGGUCUAUGACGUUAGCUACCCUCUCUACACGAAUGCAUCUUGCCCCUUCAUCGAUGAAGGAUUCAAUUGCCGAAGCAACGGAAGAUUGGAUAGCGACUACAUGAAAUGGAGAUGGGAGCCACAGGAUUGUGACAUUCCCAGGUUCAACGCCACCAAAUUGCUGGAAUUGAUCAGAGGGAAGAGGCUAGUUUUCGUCGGAGAUUCGAUUAACAGAAACCAGUGGGAAUCCAUGCUUUGUAUGUUAUUUUCUGGUAUUAAAGACCCCAAGAGAGUAUAUGAGACACAUGGCCAGAGAAUCACCAAAAAGAAAGGGAACUACAGCUUCCGUUUUGCGGGUUACAGAUGCACGGUCGAGUAUUACGCGACACAUUUCUUGGUUCGUGAAAGCAAAUCAAGAAUUGGACUGAAGAGACGACCUACUUUGACAAUUGAUGCGAUUGAUCGCAGUUCUUCGAGAUGGAGAGGUGCUGAUAUAUUGGUGUUCAAUACGGCACACUGGUGGUCUCACUACAAGACCAAAGCUGGGAUCUACUACUACCAAGAAGGAAACCAAGUUCAUCCAAAGCUUGACGUAUCAACAGCUUUCAGAAGAGCUCUCCAGACAUGGUCAUCAUGGGUCGACAAGCACGUUGAUCCAAAGAAAACUCGUGUUUUCUUCAGAAACGCGGCUCCUUCCCACUUCAGGGGAGGAGAGUGGAACUCUGGAGGUCAUUGUACGGAAGCCACCAUGCCCUUCAAUGAAACAUCGAAACCCGACCACUCCGAGAAGAAGAAUGGAAUUGUCGAGGAAGUGAUAACGCAGAUGAAAACGCCGGUGACUGUACUGAACAUUAGCGGUCUGUCUGAAUACAGAAUCGACGGCCAUCCUUCGGUAUACGGAAUGAAACCCGAGAUACGACGGUCUCAGGCCGUCCAAGACUGCAGUCACUGGUGCCUACCUGGUGUUCCAGAUACUUGGAACGAGUUGCUCUACUUCCAUUUGCUACAUAAUCAAUAGAACCAUAAACACCCUGUUAACUUGUUCGAUAGCUUCUGUAAAAUGAAAUAGAAGAUUCCUUUUUGGAAGCACAGAGUUGGUUGGUAUUGUUGACUAUUUCACGAUGACCGUUGAGUCGGUCCAA